AUGGCCGGGCGCCGCCGCCGUGUGUCUUCUUCGAGCGUUGACACCGAAGACGAGAGUAGAAUCUCAUGGCGCCAAGAGAAGUCGGUUCUGAGGUUCAACCAUUCCGGAGUAGACCCAGAAACAUGCUUCGAACUCAAAGAUGCCGUCGUUCUGAACAAGGAUGGGCAAACCCUCGAAGAUGCUCUUGAUGUGGCCACCCGUGGACCAUACAUCAUCCGGGGUACCCUUCUUGUAGAGGAUCCGGCACAGAGAGCCCACCUUAUCAUGAAAGUCCGCAGAUCAAUCGAGCUAGAAGUCAGAAAAUGCGGUCAAUACUCUAUUGGAGAAGACGAGAAUGGUUCACCGAUUAUCUGGGUUGCAGGCCAAUGUGCUUGGUACGAGAUCAACCCUUCGCCAGCAUACGCACCCAUUUUCAGAAAGAUGCGAGAGGCUGUGGCACUUUACUAUCGCAUACUGGCCAUAUACAGCGAUAAACCACCCAAGAAAGCAAAAAAGAGCAAAAAGGAUAGCGAUAAAGAACUGAAUCAGGUUUUCCAUGAGUACGCUACCAGGAUUGGAGACGGUUCAACUCUUGAAGAGGUCAUUGCGCGAUGUGAUGAACACGCAUCUUUCUUAAUUUCGCAGUGUACCUCAGACCUCAGUGAACUCGAUUGGCCGACUACGCCUUUCUACCAGUGGAUAAUCAAGAGACAUGAUGAGACUUACAGAAAAGAAUUGGAGCGUUUGCGUAAAGGGCCUCAACCCCAGCGGUCUCCUUCCGUGGAGAUCAGCGGUUUGCCAGUACCUCAGACACUUCCUUCGAGAACUCGCAACGGCUCGUCAGCUCCAUCAAUUGCGCGUAGCAAUGCUACCCCUGAAAUCGCAGAACCCAACGGAAGUCCGCCACCACGACGCUCGUCACGGCCACGCUCCAUAAGUGAUAGAGGCGGACAUGACAUCAUCGACUUGACAAGCUCCCCUCAAAUCUCGAGGGAUGCGUCCAUGGUCCCAAGGCCAGCGAGCGUCCGUUCGUCAACAAGCGCGCCAUCAGUCGCCCCUCGCAUGAGUGAAGUUUCAAACUUGGUGGACAGCACUGACGAGACCCCCUUCCAAAGUGUCCUAAAUGCUAUCGAAUUGGCUUACGAGGAGACAAUACACUCCAGGGCUGGAUUCAGUGUUUCGGCUGUCAUGAACAAGCUCUGGACUAAGUACAAAUUUCCUAACUACAAGAGUGACCAGAGGGCAUCCUACAGAGUCCCAAUUGAGGAAGUACUUCACUACAACGCUGUGCCACUUCUUAAAGAACUCGACAACGAUAAGUACAAGGGUCAUGACUUUUACAUCUGGCUUGAAGAGGUUUCCAAGAAACCGUUUAGACCGAUAGCUAUCAAGCUAUCUGACUUUCCUUACCGCGUGGUACGACGCAAGCAGUCAAGCAAUGCCGUUUCUAGCAAGCUAGCUAUGCCAACACCUGCAGCAUCAAUCAAUGAGGAACUCUCAAGUCCGGCCCUUUCAACGCCAGCAGGUAAAAGCAUCAGAAGACCAGGCCGCCCAUCGGGUGUCAAAUCCAGCCUUCGUUUAGUAGCCGCCUCCAAGAAGCGAGCCCACUCUGAUGUGGACAGCGAUUCACAGGAUGAAGAGGCAGAGCCGAAGAGGUCUCACUAUUUUUCUGACGAGGAUGGUGAUGCCAUGGAAAACGACGGCCCAGUAGGCUUGUCUGAAGAUGAACCGGCUAGCAGCACGUCUGAGGAACCUAUUAAGAUCUUCCUCAGGGCAGACAACAUACCGACGACUGUUCCACGUGGUCCGGACGAAACGUGGGUAUGCGAAGAAGAUGAUUGUGGAUAUGUAGUCCGCGGUGGUGAAGUUCGAGAUUGCCAUGAACGUAUCAGGCAGCAUUUCAACGAGCACGAACGACAGAUGAACCGCGUGAACCUCGCCAUGACCGAGGGUUCUCGUGGCCAUCUGCCUGUCAAUCAUCUCAUGGACAAGCUCAAGAAGUUGGGUGAAGCGUCCCAGGCUGCCGAGCAGCUCACGAUCGACAAAAUCGUACUGCCUCAGCGCAUCAAACGAAAUCUUCUAUUGUGA